AUGACUCAUUCUGCCAAGCGCACGCCCUGCACCCAAAUCGGCGACCACCUCGAGCUCGUCGCCUCUCUCUCUUUCUCCUUCCUUCUCCUCGUCGACGCGCUCUGCAACCCUCGCACCACUUAAUCUUGCCGACAUCGCCCCCCUUUUCAGGAGGAUACGAAACGGUGGCCUUUGUGGUGUGGUAGAGUCUGUCGUUCGAUCAUCCCCCCUUCCCACCCUCUCUACCUGUGAGUUGAUGCCUGGUGCGACUCGACGAGCUUGUUUGUGCCUCGAGCGGUGAUGCUGACUCGAUCGUGGCGACCUCCCCCUCACCUCUUCACCCCUCCCCCCCUCAUUUCAACCUCAUUCGACACUCCUCUCCCCUCCCCUCCCCUCUCGCCUCACCUGACCCUCGUUUCACCCCACCUUGAUUCCACCUUCACCUUGACCUUGACCUCCCUCACCCGAUCCCACCCUAUCCCAUCCCACCUCGUCUCUCGUGUACCUCGUCUUAUCGUCGUCGUCUGUCCUCACUCGUCUUUGACCCCUCCCAAUUUGCCUUCCCCAGCCUCCCUCCCUCUCCUUCCUUCCUCGUCGACGCGCUCUACACUUUGUGCACCACUUAAUCUUGCCGACAUCGCCCCCCUUUUCAGGAGGAUCCGAAACGGUGGCCUUUGUGAUGUGGUAGAGUCUGUCGUUCGAUCCCUCCCACCGUCAAAAGUGUGAGUAACUACCUAGCUAGCGAUCGGGUUCGUGUGGCGUAUGGUCGGACUGACUCGUCUCGUGUUCACCCGUCUCGCGUCCAUCUUUCACCACCCCACCUCCAUCAUCUUACCCCACACCACUUCUCCCCUCUCCCCUCUCACUGUGAUCUCUCUCGCUUCCCACCUCGCCACUGCUUCCGACCUUACCGUCUGUCACUGCGUCACGGCUUGCCAUCAGCCUAUCCACUCGUCGACGAGUGUUGAAUGGCGCCUACGGCAUGUCGCUGAGGCUGUGUAUGGUCCACAAGACCGCUUGCAUCUGA